AUGAUGCUGCAACACGAGCAGCGUCGUCCAUGGUGGAGUCGUAUUGAGCCAAAAUUACUCCUCGGUGCACUACCGCUACAGAAUAAGAACCAUUUAUACGAGUUGGUGCAUGGCGAGGGGGUGAAAGCAAUUGUUACCAUGAAUCAGCCAGUUGAGCUCUUACCAAAUUUCUUGUCAAGACCAAUUUUGCCAGUGGAAUGGAAGAAGGAGCAGAUUGCUCAGUGCUUUGGAUCAACGGCGGACUUUUCACCGCCGACAGUAGCUACGAUUGAGAGGUGUGUGGCAUUUAUUCAUGAGCAGGUUGACGUGCAGCAAAAUACGACGUACGUGCAUUGCAAAGCUGGACGCGGUCGAAGCGCAGUGAUCGUCGUGGCAUUUCUUAUUCAAUAUCGCCAAAUGACACUUGAAGAGGCUUUUGCAAUGGUGAAAAAUAAACGACCACACAUAUGUCUGCAUCCAAGACAGCUCCAUAUGCUACGAGAGUUUAGCACAAAGUACUUGCCAGCACGUUUACCCAGAUCUACAUAG